CCCUCCCCUCCACUCUUUUCCUCCGACCACGACGACUCCGCCUCCCUCGGUCCCUCCUCAUCCUCUUCCCCCAAGGAAGGCAAAGCCCAGGCCCAGACCCAGACCCGCCGAUAAAGGCCAUGGCCGCCGCCGAGCCGCCGCCGCCCUCCGGGAUGGGCUUCUUCGGCAUGCUCAGCUUCCGCCGCAGCGCCACCGCCGUCGCCUCCUUCGACCCAGCGCAGGACGAUGAGCUCCUCGCGCUCGACGCCCUCCAGUCCCACGUUGCCGCCCGCCUCCAGGCGCUCUCCGCGCACGCCACCCCUGGCCCUGGCUCCCCGUCGCUCCUCACCCUCCCUUUCCUCUCGGAGCUCCUCGACGCCGUCGUCUCCUCUGACGACGCCUUCCGCGGAGUGCUCGCGCUGGCCCCAGUCGCCGCCGCGAUCGCCAGGCCCCCCGCCGACCGCCUCGCCGGCGACCUCCUCGACCGCGCCGUCAAGACGCUCGACGUUCUCAACGCGGCAUCCCUCACGCUGACCACGGUCCGGGCCGCGCACCGUGCCGCGCUCGCCGCCGCGUCCUGCCUCCUCCUCGCGCCGUCGCUCCACACCGCGCACCUCGCGCGCGCGCGCAGGGCCAUCUCCAGGCUCUUCCCCGCCGACGACGCAUCCGCCAAGGCCUGCGGCGGCUCCGCGGCCUCGCCCUCCUCGCGCACCAUGCGCGCGCUCUCCUUCAGCGUCUCCAAGAACUGGUCCGCGGGCCGCCACAUGACCGCCAUGGCGGCGCACCUCGCGCCGCUGCCGCACCCGCUGUCGCCCGCCGCGGCCGCCCCGGGCGCGGGGUGCGGGCUCGGACUGGCGCUCUACACCAUGAGCUCCGUCCUCGUCUUCGCCAUGUGGGCGCUGGUCGGCGCGGUGCCGUGCCAGGACCGGGCGUCCGGGGCCACCGGGCCCCCCGUCGCGCCGCCGAAGCAGGCGCAGUGGGCGGCGCCCAUGUCCGCGCUCCAGGAGAGGAUCGCGGAGGAGUGGAGGCGCAAGGAAAAGAAGGGAUCUUGCUCCGGCUCCGCGCCCACGUCGGGGCUCCUCGCGGAGAUGCAGGCCGUGGAGCGCGCCGCGCGCGAGCUCAACAGCGUGCUCGAGGAGAUCGCCGAGGAGGAAGAGGAGGAGGAGGACGACGAGCGGCGGCAGGGGAUCGUGGGCGAGGAGCGCGCGCGGGACGUGACGGAGCGCGCCGAGGAGCUGGCGGCGGCGUGCCGGACGCUCGAGGACGGGCUCGCGCCGCUGGAGCGGCAGGUGCGCGCGGUGUUCCACCGCGUCGUCGCCUGCCGCGCGGAGGUCGUCCGCUGCAUGGAGCUCAGCGCGCGCGCCGGCACCGCCAAUGCCGCGUCCGCGUCAGGCGUGCCGCCGCCGCACCAGCACUCCUUCUGAGGCGACGAUCGUCGACGAAUUGCUUGCUUGCUUUGGGGGGUCACAAAUUAUUCUCUCCCCCCAUUGCCCUGUACUGUACCAUUCUUUGAUUUGUACUGCUACCCUGCCACUGCCAGUAAAACAACGCCUCUCUUGCUUCUCAUGCCCUGUAGAUGAUGAGCCUGCUGUAUGUAAAAAAAAAAAGAACUAACAUCUUGUUGGAUUA